AUGGCUGCUGCUGGUUCAACAUACAGAGUGAAAAUUGUGGAUGCCAGUUUACUGGUUAGAAGAAUGAAGAUUAAUCCUGUAGUUCUUCUUGCGCACACAAAAGCAUUAGAAACCACUGCAGCCAAAUACCCUAUUACUAGAUCGGAUGUGAAGGUGCUAACGAUUCCCGCAGGUGUGCAACGCAAAUCAUUGGAUAAUGUCUUCCUUGGACAACUACCAAAACGCUGCAUAAUUGGUUUUGUGUCGAAUAGAGCGUUUAACGGAGAAUACGCUUCCAAUCCCUUCAACUUUCAUCAUUACAAGAUUAAUUAUAUGUCUCUGUACAUUGAUGGGCAGCAAAUUCCAUCAAAACCGUUACAACCAGAUUUCACUCAAGAAGGAUUAUACGUAAGGGCCUACCACACUUUAUUUUCUGGAACUGGAAUACAUUUUUUGAACGAAGGAAAUAACGUAUCACGUUUAGACUAUCCGCACGGAUACUGCCUAAUGACUUUCGAUUUAACGCCGGAUUUAUCCGCAAACGCCACAACUCAUUGGAACUUGGUAAAGAACGGUUCUCUUCGUAUCGAAGUUGGUUUCCAAGACGCUCUGACUGAGACGGUGAAUUGUCUCGUGUACGCAGAAUUUGACAACGUUAUUGAAAUUGAUAAACAUCGAAAUGUCAUCGCAGACUUUAACAUUUAA